AUGGUCCAGCUCAUCCUCUCCUCCGCCAAAGGCAACCAGGGCCUCAAAUAUUUCCCAUAUGUCGGCUAUCUGGGUCUUACCCCAAUACGCGUCGAAGGCAUCGUCCGCACCCGUCUAGAUGCAGAUCUAAAGCCUCUUAGCGCAAGCUCUCUCACCGUCUCUGUUCGCUGCUACGAGUCUCGCGUAGGUCGUAUCAACACACUGCAGUCCAAUGUCCUCGUAGACUACACCCAGAUUCUCUGGUCAAAAUCAGACGCUCUCGAGCAUGAGCCCAUCUCAAAUCUCGAGUUUCCGUUUCGCAUAUCCAUCCCCGCAAAGGUCGCCGGGUUCAGUACAGCUCAGUUUGUAGAUUACCGGUGUGUGUGGAGGGUCGAAGCUGUCCUCAACCACGUCCCCAUAGCCGGAGUCGGGUCUCGUCAGAUACGCCACUUUGAUCUCCCUCUCAUUCGCUAUGACCUUCCCCCAUUCUCGUCUAUCACACCCUCGCCAGAACCCAUGCUUGGCCAGGAAAUUAACAAACCUCGCACUCCCCGUUUGCGCUAUUCAAUCCAUCCUCCAAAAUCACCUAUCGGGCCCUUGGAUCUCGUGUCCAUCCCCAUUCAUCUCCAUCCACUUGAUCACGCCGUUUCAAUACGAAGCGCAAGUGUCAUUGUCGAGCGCCGUAUAACUUUGCUUGAUGUACCCCAACAGUCUGCGUCCACCACUCCCAUCGUCCCAUCCUUGCAACAAAGUCAUUCAUCUUCGUCUCUCAGCAAAGCAUUGUCUCCAAGUCCUCAUUUGCCAUCAUCAUCAUUUCCAAGCGCAUCAUCAUCAUCAUCAUCAUCAUCAUCAUCAUCCAAUCCUGCAUAUUCCCAUUCAUAUCAAGACUCUGAACCAGUGGCUUCUACUUCAAAUCUUUCAAUAUCUUCUUCUAAUCCUACUAUUACACCCGGCACAGUUUAUCCUUCAUCUGCGUCAAUAACAUCAGAGACGCCUCUGUUUUAUAACUCGAUUAAUCAACAUCCCUCACCUCUGACACAGGGUUCAUCUUCCAAAGCCGUUGUCAACCCUAUCGCUGGCGCAGAAUCCUCCGGUCAUUUUUCUCAUGAUGGUAGGGGAACAUGGACAAAAACACUAACCCUUCAGUGGCCGGCUGCAAAAUCACAUAGUCGGUGGGCUAUCGGCGAAACCAUUUCUUCUGAGAUUGUAUCAGUAAAGUAUUUCAUCCGCACAAAGAUAGUUGUCACUUCCCCUUCUGGCACAGAAACUAUCGAGCUGGCGGACCAAGAACUUCUUGUAGUAUCCACAAACGACGCUGAACGACAGCUUGCUCUCGCCAAAUAUAACGAACUCCAAGAUGCUAUGGUCUCUGACGGUUACUCGAGAUCGAAAUCCAAGUCUCCCAGACGCUCACGGCCCGAGCGCGACGAUUCUGCCAUCCCCCCAUCACCGGCUCCCAACAGCAGCCUCACUACCACUGCAACACCUUAUAAUAAUAGAACCAAGUCCAGCAACCGGCGACCUCACACCAGUGCGGGUCCGCGUGAUAAACCCGUGAAUUUUGCCGGAGGCGCAUAUGGACGCCCACCACGCGGGCAAGAAGGCGAGGCGACGUUUGGUCAGGCGUCACUGGGAAAUGGUGUAGGGACAGGUUCGGGAAGCGGCCUCGGGAGUACGUCCACAAAACGGCGUUCAGAUGUGGUAGUGAUGCGCACGACGCAGCGGCCGGACAGCAAGCGUGGGUUUUUGAGUGGGAACGGGAACGGCAAACUCAGCAGCACUAGUUUCUGGUCAACAGUGCAUUCAAAUGGUGUGGCACCCCGUGUAAAGGCUGCGCCGAGCGGGAGCAGCACAAGUACGACGGCCAGCUCAUCGAGUGUGUCGAGCAGCAGUCAUGGCGGGGACUCUGAAACGUCGGAACACAUGCGCGAAUGGGAAGAGGAACUUGCAAAAAUUGAAGUGAAGAGCCGUCGCUCAAGUGACUUGCUCGGUUUCUCCGGAAAGAGAAAACGACCUGGUGUCGCGAGGGUGAUAGUCCCUAACUGA